AUGCUUCGGGCAGUGCAGAAACGAUACGCCUCGACGGCUCCUUUGAUCCGUCCGAUCCAACGAGUAUUGGUAGCAAACCGAGGAGAGAUUGCUAUUCGGGUCCAGAAUACUGCUAGAAAGAUGGGAAUCGAGACCGUCGCUGUGUUUUCAGAUGCCGACCGUAACUCUCUUUUCGUCAAAAAGGCUGAUAAGGCCUACCACAUUGGUCCACCACUUGCUUCUGAAAGCUAUCUCAACAUGGAUAAAAUCAUUAACACAGCUCUCCGUUCUGGUGCCCAAGCCAUUCAUCCUGGAUACGGUUUCCUUUCUGAGAAUGCUGGGUUUGCUGAGAGAUGUGCUCAAGCAGGUCUGGUAUUCAUCGGACCACCAGCCCAAGCGAUUAGAGAUAUGGGAGCGAAGAACGUAUCUAAACAAAUCAUGGAAGAUGCAAAAGUUCCAGUUGUCAAAGGUUUCCAUGGAGAAGAUCAAUCUGAUGCCAAUUUGAAGAAGAAGUCACAAGAGAUUGGCUACCCAGUUAUGUUGAAAGCAGUGUAUGGAGGUGGUGGAAAAGGAAUGAGAAUCGCCUGGAACGAGGAAGAAUUCGAUGAGAAAUUGGCUUCAGCUCGUAACGAAGCAAAGAAGUCGUUCGGAAACGAUGAGAUGCUAGUCGAGAAGUUUGUUGAGAGACCAAGACACGUGGAAGUCCAAGUGUUCGGAGAUCAUCAUGGAAACUACGUACACCUCUGGGAAAGAGAUUGUUCAGUUCAAAGACGCCAUCAAAAAAUUAUCGAAGAAGCGCCAGCUCCAAAUAUGACUCACGAGAAUCGUCUCAAACUUGGAGAAUCAGCCGUCCGUGCAGCUGCUGCCGUUGGAUAUGUUGGAGCAGGAACUGUCGAAUUCAUCAUGGAUCCACGUGGAGAGUUCUAUUUCAUGGAGAUGAACACUCGUCUUCAAGUUGAGCAUCCAGUCAGUGAGGCUAUCACAGGAACUGAUUUGGUUGAGUGGCAACUUCGUGUCGCUCAAGGAGAGAAGCUUCCUUUGAAGCAAUCCGAAAUUCCACUGAACGGACAUGCUUUCGAAUGCCGUGUCUAUGCGGAAGACACUCGAAAGGGAGCAUUUAUGCCAACUGCAGGCCGUCUGAACUAUGUUGAUUUCCCAGAAGAUGCUAGAAUCGAUACCGGUGUCGUUUCAGGAGACGAAGUUUCUAUUCAUUACGAUCCUAUGAUCGCCAAGGUAAAUAAAUUCACCGAAAAAUAUUACCCCUGUUAUCAUAUUCAGGUUGUUGUUUGGGGUAAAGAUCGUAAUGUUGCUGCUGCCAAGCUGGAAAGCGCACUAGCCCGUACCCGUAUUUCGGGUCUUCCAACCAACAUCGAUUUCGUCCGACGUGUUCUUGCUCAUCCGGAAUUCGCUGCCGGAAACGUGUACACUGAUUUCAUCCCAGAUCAUCAUGAAGAACUUUUCGCUGAAGCAGAGACACCAGCCGAGAUUUUCGUUGAGUCCGCUGUUGCUCAUGCUUUGGCUGCACUCAAGAAAUCAGAUGCUGGAGUUUUCCAAAAUCUCUCAUUCUUCAGAAUUAACUUGGCUCCAAAAUAUGUGUACAAAAUUGAAGGAAAAGAUGUCACCGUCCAAUUUGAUUCCGAUCGUCGUCUCACUGUCUCUUACGACGGAAAUAGUUAUGAAACUCUUCUCAAUGACGUCCAAGCUCUCGGAGAUCAUGAAUUCAAAUUCACAGUAGAAGCAAACGGUAGACGUUGGUCUACGAUUGUCAAAGAUCUUCCAGAAACACUUAUGGUAAACGGGGUUGGUCAAAAUGAAUACGAAACUCCCGCAGUCCACGAGGCAUUCGAUUCGCUUGCUGGAGGAGCUGCUAGCCAUUCAGCUGUCGCACCUAUGCCAGGAAUCAUCGAGAAAAUUUUAGUGAAGCCAGGAGAUCAGGUCACCACCGGACAAGCUUUAGUGGUCAUGACAGCAAUGAAAAUGGAAUACAUUAUUCGGGCACCAGAAGAUUCGAAAAUCGAACACAUCAAAUGUCAAGCUGGGAAGAAUGUUCCAAAGAACGCCGUUCUUGUGCAAUUCGCCUAA